CACACAUUUGCAGCUCAGCCAAGCUCAGCACCCUGUCUCUCAGACUUUCUCUCUCUCCCUCUCUCUCCCUCUUGCUCUCUGUUUCCCUCUCCCUCUCUCUCCCUCCUACUUUCUGCCUGUGAGUGAGAGAGCUGAGGGAUUCAGAAGGUGCGUCUCAAAUCUACUUGUAGUCCGCUUGAAGACAGCACUAAAGAACUUAUCCCUGCUCAGCAAGGAAAAAAAGAAAAAGCACAUGGACUACAUUUUAAUCCGAGACAAACACAAACAAGCAAUGAGCCUUAGUCAGCCCUGAAAAAGAAUUAGAACUUUACUUUUCCUUAUAUAGAUAUUGUUUUAUUUCUUCUAAAUUACAAGGCAUUUUUCCUUCUUCUCUGACUGUUUAAUUUCUGGAGACAUGAAAAUUUGAAGGGGAGGAAACAGCGUGGAAGAAACCUGCCUGACAAUAAUAUAUAUUUCUCCAUAUAUAUAUAUAUAUAUAUCUAUAUAUAUAUUAUUACAUUCAUCCUCAUUCUGCAGGAGAAGACGGGCUUGCACUUGCAGCCAGCUUGGCUGACGGGAGAUUGAGGAGGGAUUACCGCGCGUCUCAGCCCACCCGCGGCCGGGGAGAGAGAGCGCCAGGACUGCAGGCUGUCACUCCGGGAGGCCGAUGACCAUGCUGCUGCUGGAGCUGUGCAUGUUGCUGCUCCUGGGGGGGCGUGUCCUGGGAGGAGGUUACCCCCCCAUGCCUCAGAUGAAGUACAUUCAGCCAAUGAUGAAGGGGCCUGUGGGCCCCCCCUUCAGAGAAGGCAAAGGCCAGUACUUCGAUGUUCCACCAAUGAUGGAGGUAAAAGGAGAGCCUGGCCCACAAGGAAAGCCGGGCCCCAGGGGCCCAGCAGGUCCCCCGGGCCUCCCAGGAAAACCAGGGCUUGGAAAACCAGGACUCAAUGGUCAGCCAGGUCCCCAGGGGCCUCCAGGAUUCUCUGGAAUUGGGAAACCAGGUCUACCUGGUCUUCCCGGAAAACCAGGGCCAAAGGGUAUGGUUGGGCCAAAGGGCGAGAAUGGCCAAAGAGGGGAGCCUGGACUAAGGGGGUUACCAGGGCAACCUGGGCUCCCAGGCCCAGCUGGCCUGUCUCUGAAUGGCAAGCCAGGGCUUCCUGGGGGAAGGGGCCCCCCAGGAUUCCGAGGGGAGCCAGGACAGAAAGGAGGCCCAGGAGCACCUGGCGAUCGUGGGCUGAAGGGGGAGAAUGGCAAUGGCAAACCAGGUCCACCUGGUAUCAGGGGCGCUCCUGGUCUUAGAGGGCUUCCUGGUGCUCCAGGCCUACAAGGUGUGGGGAAACCAGGUCUGAAUGGGCUGCCUGGGCCAGCUGGGCCUAAAGGUGAUCAAGGGGUUCCAGGAUUACAAGGUGGAUCAGGAGAGCCUGGGGCCCCAGGGCUACCGGGCCAGCCAGGGCCAAAUGGAUUCGGAAAACCUGGAUUAGAUGGUUUGCCUGGUGCCCCAGGUCCCCUGGGACCAAAGGGAGAGCCAGGAUUGAGGGGUAUGCCAGGGUUCCCAGGGAGUCCUGGCUAUGGGAAGCCUGGAUUUAUUGGGCAGAAAGGAGACCGUGGCCCCUCAGGCUUGCCAGGAGGUCCUGGGGAAAAGGGGGAACAAGGAAUGGAAGGACAGCCAGGUAAGGCAGGUCUGGAUGGACUUCCAGGGCAACCAGGUAUUCAGGGCCCCAUGGGGCUCCCCGGAAAGCAUGGGAUGCCUGGUCUGAAGGGAGAAGGGGGUCCUAAAGGGCACCCAGGUCUUCCAGGGAUCAGAGGAGAUCAGGGUCCAAGUGGACUGCCAGGAAAGCCUGGAAACCCAGGUGAGAGGGGUCUUCCUGGUCCAAAUGGGGCUUCAGGAAAACCAGGCCCUAAAGGGGAACCUGGCCAUAUUGGCCUGCCUGGGAACCCAGGCCUGUUUGGUCCAACAGGGCUAAAAGGAGAAGCAGGUUUCACUGGGGCUCCUGGGCCUCGGGGUCAGUCUGGAAUUCCAGGCCUGCAAGGGGGCUCAGGUCCCAUGGGGCCGCAGGGCAUUCCUGGCCUCAAGGGGGAGCCUGGCCUGCCGGGGCUACCAGGGGUGGGAAGGAAUGGUGAACAAGGGGUCCCAGGGCCACAGGGGCCUCCAGGAAAACCAGGUCCAGCAGGGCUUAAUGGCAUCGCUGGCCCCCCUGGCCCACCUGGACCCCCUGGCCCACCUGGCACAAUCAUAAAUGGUGAUACUCAGGUGUCUGGGCCGCAGGAAUCCAACAUUGGAGGGGAGUCCAUUCAAAAUGGGAAGAACGGGAAGCCACAGUUUGGGCGGGAACAUCUCUCAGCAUCUGUGGCUCCAGCUUUCACCGCCAUCCUUACCACACCCUUCCCUCCAUCAGGCAUGCCGAUCAAGUUCGACAGGACUCUGUACAAUGGGCAGAAUGCCUACAAUCCCACCACUGGCAUCUUCACUAGCCCUCUGUCUGGCGUCUACUAUUUUGCCUACCAUGUGCACGUAAAGGGAACCAGCCUGUGGGUGGCACUCUACAAGAACAAUGUGCCCGCCACAUACACCUAUGAUGAGUACAAGAAGGGCUACAUGGACCAGGCAUCAGGCAGUGCAGUGCUGGAGCUCAAAGAGAAUGACAAGGUGUGGGUGCAGAUGCCCUCUGACCAAGCAAAUGGGCUCUACUCCACUGAAUACAUUCAUUCCUCCUUCUCAGGGUUCCUGCUCUGCCCCACAUAACGUCACCGUUCCAACACCCCGCCCCCCCCACUUCCUCCCCCUCCCCAUGCACCCAAACCAAACCUCCACUCCAUCAGCAGCCAUAAAAUACAUGUAACAACAAAAAGACUUGUGAAUGAAAGAUAGGAAGAAAAGUCAAAAGCAGAAGGAUAUUUCAUACUGUGUCAGCAUUUCUCUCCCUCUUUCAAAUUUUUGUUUUGAUUUUGUUUAAUUAUUGGUUUUAAUUUUAGUCAAUAUUAUUAUUGUUAUUAUUAUUUUUGUUGUUAUAAUUAUUAUUACAAUUGUUGUUAUUAUUUUGCUGUUUUGGCAUUAUUGAUGUUUUUGUUUUGUGGAAUCAGACUAUUAAGUACCUUACUUUGCAAGUGAUCGCUAUUAAAUUUACCCCAUAUGACUGCACACCCUUCAAUACAUUUGACACCAAGAAAGCCACACAGCCACAUGCUGGGCUUGAGAGAUUUAAUUGGCUGCAGUCACAGACUUCUGGCCUAUCACAAGCCACUGCUUGUCUCUAAAUCCAUUCUACAAUUAUCCUUACUUGCUUUAAUUAACUCAAUAUUUCACAUUCAAAAUGAGAACAAUGCAGCUGGAUCAAACAGAGCACAAUUGGGGGUGUAUCUUCUGAGAUAAAUCCAUAUAUCUUUACAUAUAAUUAUUAUUAUUUGCCUACCAGUACUUUUAAAAGUUUGAGUAUCCUUACUGGGUAUCCAAGACUUUACAUUUGGUGCUAAUUGCCUGAUUCCACAAUAACUAUAUUGACAGCAUUGUAAUAAUGCCGGAAGUUGAUGGUUCUGAAUACUGUAUUGUACUUGAUGCUGAUGAAUUCAACACAUUUUCCUCGCUUUGCAACUAUUACGACCACAAAACUAGCAACAGAGCCUACACUAUUAUCUGUACAAUGUAAUCAAUCUGUUUUAGGACCCUGUUUCUAAAGUGUCACUGAUAACACUAUAUUGUUAGGAAUAUACAUAUUAAAGGAUCAGUAACACAAGUGAAGCAUUAAUAAAUUAACAAACACGGGACAGUUCAUGGAUUGAAGGUGUGAGCUUCAUGUAUUUGGAUCAAAUGAAUGAAGUGAGCAGAGCUUGACAUGAACUUUUUGCCUCACCAGCCACUGUGGCCAGUGGUUUCUCAAAGUCAGUAGCCACUCAGCAUUUUCACCAGCCAAAAUCUUACCUCCCCCAAAACGUAAAAACUAUAGCUUAGGUAAUUGGAUAAUGUAUCUGCAUGCAUUUGUUCAGGCAUAACAUUUUACUUGAACAGGAACCAUUACGGCUAUCCAACCUUAGUAAACUCUGUGUGUGUGUGUGUGUGUGUGUGUGUGUGUGUGUGUGUGACUGAGUAGAAAAAUCUAUCCAAAAAAUCUUAAAAGCUGUCUUCAACAAAGCAUGCACUUCUAGAUCAUUUAUUUGACAACAUCUGUGUAUUGCAGAUAUUUGCCAUGAAUAUUAACAAAGUGUCAUUUCCAAGAAUGAUGAGUACAUUGAUCCACAAUUUAAAAUAAUGUUGAUAGAACAAGCACAAAAUUACUUUAUUACUUGCCAACAGAUGAAGAGAACUGGCUAUAUCGGAUGGUGAUGAGCAUUAUGUGACGUUUGGUGAAACCCGGCUAGCUUUAGUUGAAAGGUAAAAGUUUCCUAGCUGACUUGGACAUGGCCAGGCUAUAUCUAGGUAAAACCUGAGCUGAAUUAAGCUAACCUAGUCCAUUUAUGUCUAAAUAUUUCUCAACCUAGACUUCCACCUCUCUAGAAUUCCAUCUAAAUUUGGGCUUGUGCUCACUCGGAAACUAAAGAGACUUUGAACACAUGGAUGUACAUCUGUCCAAGUGACAAUUGUCUGUGGUUGAAGUUCAUGCUCCUUUACCAAACCGUUGCUCUUUUCUGUAUUUGGUGCUGCAAUCAUUGUCACUUCUGUGUUUCCCAAUCAUAACAGGAGAAUCUGAAUCCCUCUCCACUGGCGUGGAAUGUCACUUUGAAACCGCAGUGAGCAUAGGUGUAGCCUACACACAUUUGAACAUGCAGCGUUGUGUUUAGCUGUUGUUUGAUUUCGGCUGAGUUUGUCUUCUCCCACUGAAGAAGCGAGAGCAAGGGGCGAAGUCGAUGGCAAAUGUGAUGAGCUCAGUGUGCACAAAAGGUCACCUGCCAAAGUGGCUAUUAAGAGUGAACACGUUAAACGCCUUUGCUAAAUUCUACCCACAUUUGGUGGAUGGCGGGUGUUAUUGUCAUGCCCUGAAAGUGAGAGAAGCCAUUUUGUCAUCAUCUGUGAACAGUAGCUUCCAAAGUUUUAGAAGGUCAAAGUGACACCUUUACAACCAUUUAAACCAUUAUGGUUUAUGGGUGAUCAACCUCAUGGAUAACUCAAUAUCACAGAUACACAUAUAUCAAACCUGCAGAUGGCACAAUAAGAUUAGCUUUAUUUCACGACAUACAGUAAUUACUUGAAGUCAAUUUCCUUACCCAUUUGACAGUGGUCUUCAAAAAUACAUAGCCUAGAUCCUCUUUUUUUCCAGGGGGCCACACAUUGAACAUCAUCCUGAGCGUGACGUGACCAAGAUACAAUAAUUAACACAGUGACACAAAUAACAAAUAGUCAUGUGGAAAAAUUCAGGACACUUAAACCUUAUAGCUUGGUACUAAUAAGCAUGACUGGUAUUUAUGAAGUCUAAAAGCAAUCCAUGUUCAGGAGGAGAAGCCCAGUCAAAAUCAUCUGAUGCAUUAUAUUGUAUGCCUGAACAACUUAUAUCUUCUAUUUAGCUAUCUUUGCUUGGAAGACUGGUAUUAUUGUGACACCCUACCAGUACACAUAUGUAUGACAAAUCUGGCAAAUCAGAAGCCUGAAGAAUUUUUAAGAAUCUUUAAGUGAAAAUUAAGAUUUUUGCAUCAAACUUUGCAUAUUCACAGAUAAGAGCUCAUAUGGGCAAAUUAUAUAUAUAAUGAUAUCAACACAUUUUUCCAGCAGAAAUGAUACUGUUAUCUUAAGGCUUCAUAAUGUUUAAUCUUGAGUUUCUUUAGAUGUGCAUAUCAGUAGGUUACAAUUUUGGUGCACAAAACAGGAGUGCAUGUUUGCUUUCUGAAUAAUGUAUGUGAAAUCAUUAAGAUAUAACCUGAAUACGGAUGCACAUCCUCAAACAUUAAACAUUAAACAAUGUCUAUUUUCCAUUUACCACAGUUGUGAGUUGUGUAACAAAGAAAACAAAUAAUGAUGGGUAAUAAGAGAACCAUGUGACCGUAUCCUCACAUAAACAUCCACAUGAUGUUUGAUCCAUUGGCAGAAAAGGACACCUGUGAGAUUAUGAAUGGUCUAUGAAUAACCAGGUCACAACUGUUUUUUUAUGUAUCUACAACCUCCCCUGACAUAAUCACGCACACACAUACAUACACACACACACACAUAUACAAACACAGACUCCCUCACACCCCAUGCGUCAGCAAGCUUAAUGAUGAACUGUUCCACGAUGGGGCAAUCACACAGUAAAUCCCAUCAGAAGUUAAUAUUCAAACCCACUACUUCCUUUUACCUAAAUUCCUAACUUUCCACUUGCCUGGACUGAUUUGGCCCAGGUGUUGCCCAGUGGGAUCACAGUAAAGCAUUACUGAUAUGAAGGAUAUCUCUUGUCUAUUGAGGAUAUAGAAUACGGUACUAAUGCAUGGAGUGUCAGGUGGAAUUGUAGAUUUUCUUUUGGGAAACCAAAUGAUGUUUGUGUAUGUAACAGAAAAUAGGACUGCUACAGAAAGUCAUGUCACCUCCUGUGUCAGGCUCAGAGGGUCUAUUGCUUAAUUGCAACGUGUUUGCGCUAGGACCAAUGAACAGUUAGUGUGAUGGUUAAAAUAACUUUCAUUUUGCCUACUUUUGCAACAAAGAUAGCAGAAGCUUUAUAAAACAAUAUGAUGCAAAAAUAAACAAACAAACAAAAAAAUAAUGAUGAUAUCAUCCAGAAAUUCAGGCACAAAGUAGGUUAAUAUAUAAGCAUUGUAAAUUAGCAACAUAAAGGCUUUUGUUGAGUGAACUUAGGUUUUACGUUAAUCAUGCAAACAGUGUAUAAAAUCCCGCUUAUUGCAGCCUAGCCUGUCUAUUAUAAUUUGAAUGGGAAACAGUGUGUACACAGAUUGCAUACUAGAGAUUGUUGUGCUCCUUCAAAAAACAUUUUGAUAUGCUGAUAUAUAUGCUUUCUAGUAUUUCAUGUGAUUCUUUAGAGUUACGUGUUCAGACAUGGUUCUAAAGCUGGACAGGAAGUCUUAUCUCCAGUCAGACGGCAACACAAAACAAACAAACAAGCAAAUAAUAAACAAACAAACAAACAAACCCAGUUGGUGUGAUGAGGCUGAACCUUGAUAUAUGAUAUGUUGUGAUAUAUGUGGAGACAAUACAUGUCAGUUCCCCAUAUUGUCAUCCCUGCUUGUUUAAUUGUGGCCACUGUCUGUGCACUCUGCCUAUCUAAGGCUAGUUCCUCUCUUUGAACUCAGCUUUUGCUAGACCUGGAUACAGCAGGAAUGCAUACACAUUUGAACUGACCAUGAGCCAAGGACCUGGGUCUUCCAUUAUAGUGGGCUUGACAAUCAUGCUGUAGAAUGUAUGCCUAUUUGAAAACAGUGCUCUCAAACCCUGUUCAGCAUUCUGUUUGGAGGCCAGUUUAUACAAUCACAGACAUGUGCCAUGACCUUUCCUUCAUGUGAAAGUCCUCCUGAGCGAUCCUGUUUUUUGAGUUCAAUUCAAUUUCGAGUCGGUUUUUAGAAAUUAAUUUUUUUGUUUUUUUUUUUAAUAAUGAAUGUACCAUGAAAUAAUGACUUGAGAAAUUCUUUUUCAAUAUUUUCUUUUUUAAUUUUUUUGAAAUGUUAAACACUAACAUAACAAAACUGCUUUAAACCUGGCUAUUUUCAAAGGCUCCAAUGCUGUGGCUGCAUAUUACAGAAAAUCACUUCCAUAAAUUAUCAUCACUUUGGCCUUUAAAAAUGUAUGUGAAAUUCAGGAGUGUAUAUUUCACUUUUUAUUUGGUAACAUCCCUUUUCGACACUAUUGGCUCUGGAAGUAAAGAGAAUUUGUUUUUGGCAGGUGAACAUUACCAUCCUACUGUUUUCAGUGUUCCUCGCGAACCACGUUAGAAAGUUAACUAGCAAUGUCGACAAAAUCAUUAGACCAAUUUCAAGGAAGAUAUAACAUUCUAUCGAGUAAAUCCUACAGGUUUGUUAGAAGUGCUGUUAUGAAAUAUGUGUGCGUUUUUGGUUGGAGUCACACAGUAGGUCUACAUAGACCUCUUUGGUUCAGCUCAAUGGAUACUAGGCGCAAUGGAUUAUGAUCAUUGUAGUUAUUGUGUUGCUUAUUUUCUGUGCAAGCUGCGUUGUGUAGCUGCCUUUUAAACUUAAAACUUAAAAAAUUACUUAAUUAUUAUUUGCUAUGAAAAUCGAUUAAUUAUUUAAGCACCGAAAAAAACACAGAAAUGUCAUUAAUCGCUCAGCACUACCAUAAAGUCACAACGUGCAUUUUAUUAAGAGACUUUCAUUGACAGAACAUGCAUGUUCUAAGUAUAAAUACUGUGAUAUGUGAUAUACAGACUUGCAAUUAACCCAGGGGGAGUAUGUGAUUAGGUGUACUAACUAUUCAUUAACCAGACAUUUACCACUUUAUUGGAGAAGAUCAUGGAUGGAUACUCGUACUGUAAUACUCCAGCAAAGGGGUCUAACCACAGUGAAACAACAGACAUAUCACUAAUCCUCUUUUGACAAUGAAAUUACAUUUUACGCUGGACAGACAUUAGUAUUAUAAAUGCAAUUUUGCUACAAUCAAGAAGGUUAAUUUAAAUAACAUUAAAGUAAUACACUAUAUUGCUGGUUACUUGUUAGAUGCAGGAACACAGCACAAAAAGUGCCAUUUAUAGCAAAUAUAUCUGCCAUGCCCUGAUUGUAUGAAACCAAAUCUGGGGUGGUGACAAGUACUUCUCUUACAGGGAGAGCAGUUGCUGUCUGCCCAAAUAAGUUUUUUUUUUUCUUUAAUUUGAGCCAUACUCGCACACAGUACUGUAUUCUUAAUUAAAGCAUGAUUAGUGAUUAUUUUCCAAAUACUAUCCCAGUAUAAUUAGAUAUAUGAUAAUUGACUACGUAAAUAAAUACAAAUAAAAAUGAAUAAAAAAACAACCCUAAGUGCCCUUGAAAGCACCUCGACACCAGCUUGGUUCAUAAAAUAACUUAUGCCUUAAAGACAGUAUUCUUAUGUGAUUAUUGCACUCUCACUGGCUCCGUGCCCACAAACAACAUACACGAUUAACACAAAGUUUUGUAAAUUAUAAUUGUUGUGAGUUUCCUAGACAAUGCAAGGCUUGUUCUUGUUGUGUAUGACACUUUUUACCUUUUUGUCUCCUAUUUCUAAAUAUAACAUGGCACAUAGAAUCUUCAUGUUGCCAUUUAUUUGUGUUUGUAUUUCUGUUGAGACCGAACGCAUUGCAUAAUCGCAUUGUUGCACACUAUGCCGCGAGUGUGUAAGAGACAGUACAAAAAAUAUAUAAUAAUAAUAAAAAUAAACCCUGGAUGUCAGAUACAAUGUAUUCUUUUUUCUUGACAACUGAUAUCUGUUCUUGCUUUUCAGGAUGGGUUAAAAAUGUGCUUCGGUUUUUAAGGGAUAUUAAUUUUUUUUAUAGUAUUAAGAUAAAUGAAAGCGGCCAUUCCCAUUUGCACAUGAAAUUAAUGAAGAUAUAUUUAUACAUUUGUGAUUCUAAGUUAACAGGAAUAUCCACACUGACCACCGGAGUCCGGAAAGUAUAAUUGGUAUUUUACUGCAAUGAUGAGUACAGUGCAUUUAGAAUUAGUAAGCACUAGCGUUGCUUGUGAAGGAUUACCAUUGUGUACAUUAUUUUCCUAUUUUUUGUGUAAUGUACUAUAUAUCAUGCUAUUUUUUCCUUUGUGAAUGGCUAUUACAUGCACUGUAUGUAAUAGAAUUUGGGUAUAAAUGCACUCUGAUUGAAAAUGUUUUGUCUGUUUAUACUAAAUCUACAGUUCCUGAUUGUAUUGAUACAUCAAUAAAUACUUUCUUGUA